AAUACGCUUUUAUUCCCUUUCAGCCGCGGCUUCUUUAUUGCUUCUGCGUUGGGCGUAGGAUAUGGAAAGCGACAGAGGAGAACAGAUAAGACAUCGGAAUGUGCACGAGGUUUUCCUUUCUGCUGCUUUCUUUGCUUUCGAAAAUGGAGUUUUUCAUGGGACGGUCGAGAUCAACUACUGGGAAAAGCCACUUGAUGAUAAGGAAGUAUCAACAGCCCGCGGUCGGUUGAUUAGUAAUAAAAGUGACGUGAAAACGUCUGUGGCAGUGUCAAGAGAGAGGGCCGAUUCUGGCUGCUGCGAAGACGUUGCUGAAAGUCUGUCAUCUACAGUAAGUAACGACAUAAUGCCAGAGCCGAACGAAUCAACGGCUAAGCCGGACGACGAAGAACUAACCCUCGAUCUCGAUGUCAUACCGCCCGAGGCACUUGAGUAUGCGAGGCGGGAGCUCGGCGAAACUGAUGAGGUCAAGUGCCAAACCAUCCAUGAGCUGAGGGAAAUGAUUUACGAACGAGGAGAGUGUAUGCCACAUCGAAUGGACGAUGAUUUCCUACUUAGGUUUCUCAGAGCUCGUAAUUUCAAUGUCAAUCGGGCGCAUCGACUGAUAGUGCGCUAUUAUACAUUCAAGGAAGAACAUCCUGAAAUUCACCAGGAUGUAAAUCCGGUUGAAAUGAGGCACAUUGGCGAGGAAGAUAUAAUGACGGUACCGGCCUACCGUACACCUUGCGGUCGACGUAUGAUGAUUUAUCGGAUGGGUAAUUGGGAUCCACGCAAGUACUCCGUAGAAGAGAUUUUCAAGGCGACAGUUAUCAUAUUAGAACUAGGAUUGCUCGAGCCUCGUGCUCAAAUACUCGGCGGUGUAGUUGUAUUUGAUCUAGAAGGCAUCACCAUGAGUCACGCAUGGAUGAUUACACCUCAGGUAGCCAGUAUGGUGUUGUCACUCAUGGUUGCGGCUUUUCCCAUGACUACCCACGCAAUUCAUAUUCUUCAUCAGUCCUGGAUUUUUGAUACUAUGUUCGCCGUAUUCAAGCCUUUAAUUGACUCUCGCAUGAAUCAUAAGAUUUUUUUCCAUGGCGACAAUAUGGAAAGCUUACACAGGCACAUCCCACCGGCAUAUUUGCCGAAAAAAUACGGCGGCACACGUGAAGAACUCCCAUACUACAGGUGGAUCGAUUCACUUGGUAAAGAUCCGCGUGUUGUUAAAGAGAUGAGGGGCCUUGGCUAUAUUAUUCCCGAUGAAGCUGUCCAAAACGAUAAUAAGGCUUAAUAAUUAUUGCUUACUCGUACAAUUAUUCUUCAAUGAAAAGGAUUUCGAUAAAUAUCUUUU